AUGGACCAGCAAUUACCACUGCAGAUGUCUGAUGACCUGCCUCUUUCAAAUCGGGCGGACAUUCAUCAAAGACCAGCAUUGUCCACCCAAAGCCAUCCUCGUCCUCGUCCUCUAUUGCAAGAGUCUGUGAACUAUAAUAUCACUUCAUUGCUCUCGGCCCGCUCUUAUCCCUUACCAGAGUCAUUCAAGCCUCGAGCAGGCCAAAGUGAUAGGCAAUUACCUAUUACAGGCAACAAGCCCCAAGGGUCCAGAACAACCUCAACCCGGACAAACACAGACCAAACGACGACAUCAGAGCCGCAAAAACGCCGACGACGUCAACCAAGGAAGUCUGCGCCGUCAGCCAAGAAUUUUGCAGCUGUACGAGAUGAUUUUAGUGAUCAAGAAAACUUCGAAGAGCGCCGUCGUACACAAAUUCGUCUCGCACAACGUGCAUAUCGCUCUCGUCAGCAAAACACGAUCGAAGACUUAAAGAGACGCGUUACCCACUUGGAACUUGUCUUAGAUAACAUGAGCACCGCUGUUCUUUCAUUUAGUGAGCAACUAGUCCAAAGUGGGGUGCUAGGCUCCCAAUCUGGCCUUACACUGAAAUUACGUGACAUGAUGAGAACAUUUCAUUCUUUGGCAUCUGAAAUAAGCUCCGAAGAUGGAAUACAGCACUCUGGUACACUUAUCAAGACCACAGGGUCAUCCCAAUCUUCAAUUCAACCACCAAUCAACCCCCCAUCGCCAGACCUCUCCUCCAACUUGGUCAUCAAUUUCGAUGGACCAUAUCAACCCGAAGGUGAUAUCCAGCGAAAUAUCAUCGGCUUUUCAGGAAAGUCUAUUGUGGGGGUGUCUGAUUUUAUCAAGAAGCUGCAUCUAGCAGCCAUCUACCAAGGAUAUGUGGCUCUAUGCGAUCAGUCUAUUGGUUUGGAUCAACUUCAAAGGCCGUUUGGGCUUAUGUUUAGUAUGAUGAAUCGCGAAUGCCUGGCUUCUUAUUUCAAAGCAGAAUAUAAUGCUCAAUUGAGCCAAAAUCUGCUGGUUGGAUGGGACGAAGUCCCGUUCUUCCGCUUGGGCGGUGCUGGAACCCAUUAUCCUGCUCCCUCAACACAAGGCCAAAGUGCGAGCACCCAAUUUGUUCCUGAUAAAAGAUGGGGGAUCGUCGAGGAACCCUUGUCUCUGGUCCCGUCAGAUAUACAAGAGCAGCUAAAAGGUGAAUGGUUUGACUUGCAUGAUCUGGAAGGGUUUCUUCGGCAGAGGCUUUUGUUGAAUGAAGGGCAAAGAGCACGCUCAUCACCGCAAAUGAACAUCAAUCUCUCGCUCUUCGUACCAGCAUUGAUAAGCAAGGGAGUUUGCUUGGGUUGUUCACCAGGGUUUCAGCGCGAUGAUGUGGAGAAAGCCCUCCAGAUCUCAAAAAUCAUGUGA